AUGAUGCAAGCUGUGCUGCUCUGCUGUGUCUUGCUAUUGCCAGUGGCUGCCUUUCCAAGAAGUGCCCACAACAGAGCCCUGACCUUCCAGCCAUCUUUCCCAGAGCCUGGGCCUCCACCAAACAUGCUCUCCAGCCAGGUCCCUCUCCCAGAUGCCAGAUCCUGCCAGGAUCUGUUGCGUGAAGCCCCAUCUCUAGCCCCUCUGCCUGAGUACCUGUCCAACUUAGCUCUGAGGGUGGCCCUGGAGGAGGUUGGUUGCCCAACUGAGGCCUACAUUCUGCAGCAUCAGCAAUUUAGGAUGGAAGGAAAGGACAUCACUGAAACCCUUAUCCGUGAGAUUCAAAAGCUCAAUGAGGAGGAAAGGAUUGAUCAUGCUGAGCUCAUUCUGAGACAUCUGGAGGGUUCCCCAGGGGAGCUUGGGCGGCCCCGGCGCUCAGCUAACCUUCCUGAGGCAUGUACCCAUGGACGUGGGAGGCUGCUCCACGAUAUAGCAGCGCUAAUGGUUGAAUUUGCUGAGAAACUCCCUGCCACUGAGCUGACAACAGAGUUGAAGACUUCUGCCAUCAGUGUCACCCAGAACUGCACAGAUGAGGCUUGGGAGCAUGUGGAAGCAGUAGGCAAACAACUGAUGAAAAGUCCUGAAAUUAAUAACGUAUCAAUGUCUACAGAAGAUCAGCUGUAUUUUCUCAUACGUUCUAUAGCCCUUCUGAAGUUCUUUUUGAUGGAAUUGAUACAGAAUUUUUUCCUGACUUAUUUCAGAUAA